UAUUAGAAUCAUUGAAUCAAGAAGAGAUACUAAAAGGUUGGAGAUUUAUAAAAUGGGUUAUGCUAAGGAUUUUGGCCAAUAUCUCAUCAACUUGUUCAUAGUUAUAAAAAAAGUUAUCUAUAACGUAAUAAAGUUUAAUAAACCGCCUAUAUUUUAUCCCAUAGGCCUUUUUUUACUCUCUAAUUACUACUAUUAUUGUGGCCUCUCUCCAUGCAUGGUUGAUUUAGAUGAUCAAACUACUAUGCAUUUUUGGAUCUCGAAUUAUAGACGUCAUGAUCGCCCUAACUUAGUCCUCGUCCAUGGUUGUGGUGGUGAAGCGCGGUGGCAGUUUUGCCUUCAGAUAAGAGAACUAUCCAAAUUAUUCAACAUAUACAUACCAGAUUUGCUAUUCUAUGGAAAGUCAUACACCACAAACACAGACCGAACGCCUCGUUUCCAAGCCAAGUGUAUAAUGGAAGGGCUAAAGAAAGGGUUUGGUGUAGAGAAGUGCACAGUUUACUCAAUUAGUUAUGGAGGUUGGGUGGGCUACUUCAUGGCUGAGAUAUACCCUGACAUUAUAGAGAAGAACGUGAUCGUUAGCUCCGGCGUAGGAACGACCGAUGACGAGAAGGUUGCGCAGCUAAGUAGGGUUGGGAAACAACCAGAGGAAGUGAUUAAAACGGUUGUACCAAAGGACCCUGAUGCUAUUAGAUUGUUGGUUGAAAAAUCUAUAUACAAAUAUGAUCCUACACUUUUAGUUCCUGAUUUUAUACUUUGGGAAUUCAUCAAGGUAACAGAGCAUAAGAACAGGGAGGAAAAAGAAGAGCUUCUUAGAAGUUUGAUAUCUGGAGAAGUAGACUCCGCGGUUUCUGCUUUGCCACAGGAAACACUUCUUGUAUGGGGUGACCAAGACUACUUUUUCCCCAAACACAUAGCUCAUCAGCUACAAAGGAAAUUGGGGCCUAAAGCAACGUUAACGAUAAUUAAGGAAACCGGGCAUGGAGUAAACAUGGACUCACCAUAUGAAUUGAAUGAGUUGAUCAAAACAUUUGUAUUUGGUCAAUUACAUAAAUAGUAGAAAUGAGCGGCUGAUUAGUGAAUUGAUUUGGCAAUUUCUACUCAAGUUGUAUUUAUCUACUCAACUAUUUAUGCUUUUGCAAUGAUUAAUUUUUAAUUAGCCAUUUCUUCAAUGAGAUGAACAGUUGACUUAAUUACUCAAUAUGAUAUUGAGUUAU